CCAUUCACAACACAUCCGGCAACUCACAUCCUGCCACGUGUUCUUUACUCCACGUGUAAUAUUCUGAUUGGUUCACAGAUCCUGCUCUUUCCACGUGGACGCUCUCCCCUACAAAAACCCAUUCCCCACAACUCCCCAAUUUGAUGCAACGGUGGUGAGCUCGAAACUUCCACAAAAAUGGCGACGCCGAGUUCACUGCACGCGCUGCUCUUCCUCUCGCUCUUCCUGCUGCAUUCGUUUCAAACCGAAUCGGCGGUGGCCAGCAUAGAUCUCGGCUCGGAAUGGCUCAAAGUCGCCGUAGUCAACCUCAAGCCCGGCCAGGCGCCGAUCUCCGUCGCCAUCAACGAGAUGUCGAAGCGGAAGACGCCGACGCUCAUCAGUUUCCACGCUGACUCCCGCUUGAUCGGCGAGGAGUCGGCUAAUCUCCUCGCGCGCUACCCGACCAAGGUGUUCUCGCAUCUCCCCUCGCUCGUCGCUAAACCCUACAAUUUCACGCGAGAUUUCCUGCGCAAGCUGUAUCUGAGCUACGAGAUCGCGCCCGAGGACACGCGGGGUGUGGCGGUUUUCAAGGCCGAGGUUGGGGAUGGCGGUCAUUUCACGGCGGAGGAGAUGGUGGGGAUGGUGCUCAAGUACGCGGCGGGGCUGGCGGAGACUCACGCGAGGACGAGCGUGAAGGAUGUCGUGAUCACGGUGCCCCCGUUCACGGGAGUGGCUGAGAGAAGGGGAUUGCUGGCUGCGGCGGAUUUGGCCGGGCUGAAUGUGCUGGCUUUGGUGAAUGAGCACUCCGGGGCUGCUUUGCAGUACGGAAUCGAUAAGGAUUUCUCAAAUGGAUCAAGGCAUGUGGUGUUUUAUGACAUGGGGGCUAGCAGUACUUAUGCCGCAUUGGUGUAUUUUUCGGCUUACAAUGCUAAGGAGUUGGGGAAGACGGUGUCAGUUAAUCAAUUUCAGGUGAAGGAUGUCAAAUGGGAUGCAGAACUCGGAGGUCAGAAUAUGGAAUUGAGGUUGGUAGAGUAUUUUGCGGAUGAGUUCAACAAACAAUUUGGAAAUGGGGUUGAUAUUAGGAAUUCACCCAAGGCGAUGGCCAAAUUGAAGAAGCAGGUUAAGCGCACAAAAGAAAUCUUGAGUGCCAAUAUGAUGGCUCCGAUAUCUGUAGAAUCUCUUUAUGAUGAUCGUGACUUCAGGAGCUCAAUUACUCGUGAGAAGUUUGAAGAGAUUUGUGGAGAUCUUUGGGAAAAAGCCCUUCUACCCAUAAAAGAAGUUCUCAAGCAUUCUGGAAUGAGUACUGAUGAUUUGUAUGCAGUAGAGUUGAUUGGUGGUGCCACACGGGUUCCGAAGUUGCAGGCCAAGCUUCAGGAAUUUCUUGGGAGGAAGCAGUUGGACAAACAUCUGGAUGCUGAUGAGGCUAUUGUUCUAGGUGCCUCACUACAUGCUGCAAAUUUAAGUGAUGGAAUCAAAUUAAACCGCAAGUUGGGAAUGGUUGAUGGUUCUACUUAUGGUUUUGUGCUGGAGUUGAAUGGUGAUGGUCUUUUGAAAGAUGAAAACACCAGACAGCUGAUUGUACCAAGAAUGAAAAAGCUACCUAGCAAGAUGUUCAGAUCUGUUGUCCACAACAAAGAUUUCGAAGUUUCACUUGCUUAUGAGAGUGAAGAUCUGCUACCACCUGGUGCUGCCUCUCUUACAUUUGCGAAUUAUGAUAUCUUAGGUCUUGCUGAUGCGAGUGAGAAGUACUCAUCACGGAACCUUUCCUCCCCGAUUAAGGCCAAUUUACAUUUCUCUCUCAGUAGAAGUGGUAUAUUUUCCUUAGAUCGUGCUGAGGCUGUUGUUGAGAUAACCGAAUGGGUAGAAGUCCCACGAAAGAAUCUCACUGCGGACAACUCAACAUCUGCCUCUGCCAACACAACUGAUGCUGAAGCUAAGAAUGUUUCAGAGGAGAGCACUGACAAGUUGGAGACAAAUAAUGGCAAUAGUAACACGUCUGAUUCCAGUGCUAAUGAUUCUAGCAAUGUAGAUCUUGGUACCGAGAAGAAGCUAAAGAAGAGGACAUUCAGAGUUCCCCUUAAGGUUAUUGAGAAGACAACAGGGACUGGAAUGCCUCUCUCAAAAGAAUCUUAUGCUGAGUCUAAACGCAAAUUAGAAGUACUGGACAAGAAGGAUUCAGAAAGGAGAAGAACGGCUGAAUUGAAAAACAACCUUGAAGGCUAUAUCUAUUCUACUAAGGACAAGCUUGAAUCUGAAGAGUUCGAAAAAAUAUCUUCUGAGCAAGAGAGGAAAUCUUUUAUGGAAAAACUUAAUGAGGUGGAGGAUUGGUUGUAUACUGAUGGUGAAGAUGCUUCUGCCUCUGAAUUUCAACAACGUCUGGACACAUUGAAAUCUAUUGGCGACCCUAUAUUUUUCAGGCAUACUGAACUCACUGCACGGCCUGCUGCAUCUGAACAAGCACGAAGAUAUCUGACAGAAAUAGAGCAGAUUGUGGAAGGAUGGGAAAAAAACAAGUCCUGGUUGCCAAGAGAGAGAAUAGACGAGGUCUUACGUGGAGCUGAUAAGUUCAAAACUUGGUUAAGUGACAAGGAAGCUGUGCAGCAAAAGACUACUGCAUUUAGCAAACCGGCUUUCACAUCUGAUGAAGUAUACGACAAGAUUUUAGAUCUCCAAGACAAGGUUGCAAGUGUGAACAGAAUCCCCAAGCCAAAACCGAAAGUUGAGAAACCUGCGAAGGUGGAAACAGAUAAUGGUGACGAUAAAGCAAACAGCACAGACUCUGCAUCUGAAGAGACCACCUCUUCAAAAGACCAGACGACCACUGAAUCAGACGAUGUCGAGGCUGAAGCUGAGUCCAAUGGUCACGAUGAGCUGUAAUGAUCAUUUAGGUAACACACACAAAACCAAAGGUGCCAACAGAUACGAAUGCUGCUGCUGCAGAUGAUGAUGAUGAUGAUUAGACGUAGGGAAAGCUUAGCUUAGCGUUGAGCCCUUCUUUUGAUGGUCGGUUUUUGUCUUGCCAUCGCGGCCGCCUUGGAUCGGAGACUACUUAGGGAUACCAUUAUAUUGCAUCGUUCCUUUCCUUAUCUAUCUCCUUGUAAUACUAAGAUACAGAUAUUAUUAUUGAUGAGCCAUUUUUGAUUUAUUUAGAGAAUUUUGUUUGGUCUCUUGUACUACAUUAUACAAGAAUUUUACUACCUUUGUUCAAAUAGUGGUAUAUCAAUAUCAUGCACAUAUCAGUUCUGUU